GUCACGGGAUCACGGCAUGCCACGCCAGUGCGAGCUAGCAAGAUCUCACAAGCCAUCUCAAUCCAUUCCUAAAUCCUAAUCCUCCAUCUAUAUAAUGCCUACUCCAACAGUCCAAUCCAUCUAGAGUUGUGUUCGUUCUUACUGAUCUCUGUUAGUAGAGGUAACUACCUUCCAUCGAAUCAUCUCCACUCUCCUGGUUCCUGAUCUCGCAGCAUCAGCGCUCACCAGCUCUGCAGCUAGAGGCAGAGGCGGCCACCAUGGUUCCCGGCGGCGGGGCUCUCCAUCUCCGGCGCGCGGCCACCGGCGCGCGGCCAGACAAGUCUCGCCCCUGGACGACGCGGCUCGAGAGGGAGCUCGAGGGGCUCUGGGCCGACCCGCCGGAGUGGUGCGUCCCCGGCGCCGACGCGACGGGCCGCCUCCGCUGGCAGGUCGUCGUCGUCGGCCCCGAGGGAAGCCCCUACGACGGCGGAGUCUUCACCGUCCGCGUCGAGUUCCCCCGCGACUACCCCUUCAAGGCUCCCAAGGUCACGUUCGCGACCAAGGUGUACCACCCGAACGUCGAUCCGAGGACCGGGCUGGUUUGCCUCGACUUCCUGACCGACAAGAACUGGUGGACGCCUGUGUGGACGGUGGACAAGAUCCUGCUGGUCGUGGUCUCGCUUCUGCACGAGCCUGUCAUGGACGGCGGCGCCAUCAACCGGGAAGCGGCGUACCUCUACAAGAGGAAAAGGCUCGUGUACGAGGAGAUCGCUCGGGCGACGACCUGGCAGCACGCGUCGGCGUCGGCAGCGCCACGGGAUGAGCCAUCGUCUUCGUCAGAGAAGGAGCGCCGCCCGUCGUCGUCCCGGGGCGUUUCCCAGCUGUGGCACUGUCUCAUGAGGAGGGUGGCGUCUCUUCGGACUUCAGGAUAGGAGGCAGGGCAGCUGCAGGUUGCCGGCCUCUUGCCUGCUGAGUGCUGAUAGAAUUUCUGCGAUGCUAGAUGCUGGAGCUGGACACAUAGGUGAUGAGCGUUUCAUCUUCAGGCCAUUCUAUGCUUGCUACUAGCUUAUCAUUCGUAGCUCAUCAACUAGUGUCCGAUCAAUUAUGGAGAGAUUUGCGCGUUCUUCGGAUGGUUUAGAAAUUAGAAAAUGAUUGUAUGAAUGAUGACAGUAGACAUCGAUGAGCUUGUGGUCGCUUAAUCAGUCUCCCGUGGUGUUCCGAAUC